AUGGCAGUCAAUACCAAAGUUUCAUUCGGAGUAUUUGCAGCAUUUGCUCUGAUUUGUGCGAUCUUCUUGCCUGCGAUUCAGGGCCAACCCUUGCCGGCGCCGGCUCCGGCUCCGGCCAGUGACGGAACUGCAAUCGACCAGGGCAUUGCAUAUGGGCUAAUGCUGUUGGCUUUAGUGCUCACCUAUCUUAUCCAUACCUUUGAUGCUCCGUUGGGCGUUUAA